AUGAACAGAAACUUGAUGUACGGCUACUAUCACACUGAUUGUAAGUAUCUUAUUUAUGGAAGACAGUCUCCACUCGUUUAUGUGAAUGAUUUUUGUUUGGUAGUUUGGAGGCUAAUGGUGUGAUAAAAUUUGCUAGUGUUAGCGUUGCUCGCAGAUUGAAGACAGCUGACUCAUAGAUAAUUUUCGGUAAUUCUUAUUGCAGCUAAAGCAAUAAACGUAACUGAGUCUUCGGAAAAAAAUAAUAACAAACCUCGGAUGGUGAGUACCUCUAUCUUUCUGGUAUUUCUUAGUGUUUGUGCUCAAGUCAGUGUGCGAAUUGGCGUGUAGGUGUUGUUUUUAUCGAAUAAACAUAUAUUCUUUUACUUUAGUUCUUUCUCAAAUCUAUCCUAUUUCGUGAUGCAUAGUAAGAAAUAACCGAAGGUGUUUUUCCUUAUAAGAGCUUUCCUUGCAUUGUGGCUCAGUGCUGAAGUAUUCGUUUUAUUAAGAAACAGUUAAAACGUUAUCUCGCAUCUUGAAUAGAAGUUUCCUAAGCAGUUGAAGAAGUUUCCCUAAGCAGUUGGUACAGUUAAAAAAAAAAAAGUAGUUUCAUGUUUUUCUCUACGUCUUCUACUGAUAAGUCAUUAUUCACGACGGGUUAUUCCGUAGGACUGUCCAGUCUCAAAUGUUAAUGUGAAUGCACUAGACCUCUCAGUGACUAGCAUCUUAACUUCUCAGCACAUCGCCCUGAAUCACACAUACAAAGCAAUGAACACCAGUCAGAGAGGCUCAUGAUUGUUGAACAAAUUCUCCUUGUUAGAGCCUAUGAAAUGUAAAGAGAACAGUAUGGAGGAAACGCAUACUGAUUUUAAUGGUAAAGUGUACACUGGCAACAUUUAAAGCAUGCCUACCUACUGGUACAUCCUUUUUUAAUCAACUGUUAAAGGUUUACUGAGGAAAAGCCUGCUCUUCAUUUACUUUAAACACACUUUACCAAUUUUGCAAUCUAUAAAACUAGUUUUGCUGACAAUGACCUCAUCAGUUUUCUUGUCUUUCUUAUUUUGAUUUUUAAAAUUUUUUCUUUCAAAAUUAUUUUUGCAUUCUGCCUUUUCGCUUCAGUAAUCUCACAAUUUAUUUUCCCAUGUAUGAGCUGUUACUUAUUAGUGUAAAGCUAUUUAAAAUCUUCAGGGAGUAUUUAAUGAUGGAGUGCAGAAACAUCAAACAUUGCGUUUUUUAUUUUUAGGAGGUUGCCUGUAACUGUAACAGAUCUCCGGAAACAAUCCAGUGCAGGGGAUGUGGAAAGUCAUUUGUGGGAAGAAAAAGAAUUUUAUGCCAACAGCACCGCAACACAAUCCAUCUUAUGGACUUCAGCUUUUGCGUCUUCUGCAAACAGAGACUGGAAUGA